AUGGUGAAGAAGUUUCCUCAUCAGCGUGCAUCGUGGCAACAACUGUGGGAUAUCAGGUUCGUCGUGUACCUUUACCCCUUGUCAUGUGCAUUUGUUCUCGAUGACUGUGGCUUGAGUGUGACGAUGAAUCAGCUCCCCCACUGCCAACAACACCUUGCUCAUGGUUUCGUGAAAAAGAGCGACAUUUUCAACAUCGACUACAGCCAUGUGAACCAAGUGACCAUGUGGGCGCGGCCUGUCUUUGCUGUGCUUUUCGAGAACGUUCACCGUACGAAGUCUGAUGGCCUGCACCCUGAGUACUUGACUACCUCAUGUUUUUUCCUGAUGGAGUGCGGAACACCGAACGUUCCCUCUUUUAAAGCCCUGCGGAAGAAGCAGAAAGACCUGACAGAGCAGAUGAACGUCCAACCGAAGAUGCACACUUCAGCAAUGGGGAACACAUUCUGGAUGAACCAUCCCAUCGAUCUCCUUGCACUUGAUUGGGCCAAUCCCCUUGUGCGAGAUUUCAUCCACGUGUAUCCAGAGAUGACUUCGACUGUCUCGGAGUCAUGGCAAGCUGCAAAAUAUCUCGAAGAGGUCAGUAUGGAUGAGUUGUCACCCAUGUGGGCUGACUGGGAGCACAAUCCACAUCGACAUUUCUAUGUAGGAGAAAUUGCUCAAUUAUGUGACAAUCGCUUCGUCAUUCCCGUGAGAUGGAUCCUGUUCAAGAAGGUUGUACAUGCUGAAGUAUACCAAGCUACUCGGAACGAGGUGGGGCUCUUUGUCCUACACGAUCCUCAGAUCUUCCGCGUUGAGGCGAACACACUAAGAUAUAAUUUACUUGACCUGCAGGUACAGUAUACACAUGUGAGCUUCCAUCCUCCGCAUUUGAACCAUCCACACCUGAAUGUAGUACAACUGCCGCACCCCGUCCGCGAAAUUGCUGCUGGCCGACCGGUAUUUGUGCUACGCAUCAUGCCUUGGGCAGAUGAUGUGUCCGGUAAUCGCAGCAAGCAAUACAACGCGCACAUGAACAUUUACGUAGCAAAUGUCAAUUUGCCUCACUGGAAACUGGCGCAGGAGUUCUUUGUCCGUUUCGUUUCAACAUCACCGCAUGCCUCAUCAUCCGAACAGUUUGAUGCUCUUUCAGAAGACAUAAAGAGUGACUCAUGGCAUCCGGCGUACGACUGCACAUUGAAAGAAGAGAUCUUGUUCCGAUUACGUGCUCACGUACUCCCUGCAGAUAACCCACAGCAGGCGGAGUCAUCUUCCAAUGCAGGUAGUAAUGCGAAUUACUGGUGUCGAGCCGACAUGUCAGGAGGUCCUGAUGAGCCGGGAACACCGUGCACCCCGGAGGAGACAAUUACAAGCAUCAAGAACCAAAUCUGGACUGCAUGCCUUGGUUCCCAGGAGGCUGUUGAUACGCUACAAACGAAGACCGGCGUCAAGGAUCGGACAGCAAUAUACUGGAUUCAACAGCUUGUGGACAAGGCACGAGAGAUGCAACAAGAUCAUCUAUACAAACCGGGAAUUCGAGAUGCUCGUCUGGAUGACCGCAGGAUCAAGGGCCCCGAACGGGAAGCGAUCAAGGCAGGUAUCAAAACUGACAUUCAGAAAGAGUUGUAUGAAUGGGUCUUUACCCAGCCUGCUGAACGGUAUGAAGAGAUUCCAAUAGAUGACCUGUUACUUGGAGUCAACAAAUAUAUUUGGUAUCAAACAAACAAGGUCUGGGACAAGAAGAAAGACGAGCUGUUCGCGACGCGGCUGCAGUCUUCUUCAAUUGAUGGUCUGACCUUGUCGCCCUUACGUGCCCAUUACAUGGCACAAUACAAGAACUCACUUAUUGGGAAGCAUUUCAAAGCCCUUCAACAACUCGGAGUCUUCCACCUGCACGACGACUUAUGCUCGAAAGACCUACUUAAUCUCUGGAAGGCAAACGGUGAACUCGGCGCUAUGACUUGGUUUCCGGAAAUCAAAGACAUGGAUUCGUACCUGUCCGAUCUUGAAGUCCUUAUAAACAAUGUCCUCGACUUAUGGGCCGUUGUGGACCCAUCCCACAUCCAAUACAAGUACAAGUUACAUGUCCUGCCGCACCUGAAAGAAGAUAUCCGCCGAUUUGGACCAGCUGUUCUCUUUGCAACGGAGGUUUUUGAGUGUUGGAAUGCCGUCUUCCGCCUUUGCAGCGUCCUUUCGAACCACCAGGCACCAAGUCAUGACAUUGCUGUCACCCUCGCUGACAUGGAGCGCUUCAAACAUCAAGUAAGUGGCGGUUGGUGGAAGGAUAGCUGUGGGAACUACACUCAAGCUGGGACACGGGUCCGGUCUUUUCUUCUUGGGAACAAGGAGCUCCAGCGUCGUUUAGGCUGGGUCAAUACAGCAAACAUUCAAGCAGGGAGCGUCAAGUUGAAGUCCAAGACCACGCAAGACCCGAAAUCAUGGAGGGACGCACUUGGUGCUGCCUGGACCGCCGAGACGGACAAGGAAGGAACCUGGAUUGUCUGUAAACACGUCAUCAGCAUUGCUCAAGACGUCUGCAUGAUAGGCUCCUGGGUUUUCCUCAAAGAUUCUUGCCAUUCAUUAAACCUUCGACGCAAGGGCCCGAAGGAUGCGCCGGCAGUUCACAUGGGAUGUAUUCUCAACAUUUUAGCGCCCAAAAUGUUGCCGCAACUCACUGCUGGAACGGUCGUUCUGGUCGAAUUAUUCAACAUUUCGGGAGCAAAUGACCCUCAUCUCAACAUGCCAGUGCUGACACCAUCCGGCGGCACUGUUUCUGCAUCACCAGAGCAUGAUUGCCAGGGCUGUGGCUGCACGGCUGUUGAGCUACUCAUACGGCAAGGACGAGACAUGACGCAGCGGACUCGGAAAACAAUUCAGCACGCAGACAACGCCCGCUACUUCAUCAACACACACGCCCUUCACAACGCCAACCUUCUCCGUGAAACCCUACCUCGGGAGCUGACAAAGCCUGUCCCAUAUUUUGCUGACCGCCGCGCUCAGCACGAGUAG